GCAUCCCUUUGAAGCAGCGCUGAAGAGGCAGAGAAUCUCCACCUCCCGACCCUCAGCCAGUGUUGAUGUGCAGGGAAACGGAGAGGCCUCCCCACCACAGACAGACACUCGCUGACAAACUCCGGGCAGCUGAGCGGAGAGUGGCAGCGAACCCGGGGAUAAUUCACACCGUUCCCAGCGUCUCUCUGCAAGCGGUGCCUGUAAUCCGAGGGCUCUUCUGGACAAAGCAAGGAGGAGGUGGAUUUUUAUUCCCCUACAAACACACACACACACACACACACACACACACACAGAAAGUUUCUGGGAAACUUUCCUUUUGCUUUUGAACAUCCGCACAGUUUUAUCUCAUCGAACUCAGGCGGACUUUUAACUGCGCCGCCGCUGGAAACAGCGGAGUAGACAGGAGAGCGGCGAGCUGGGGCUCACCCGGCGAGAGAGGGAGGCAGACAGAAGGGGAGAGUCACAGAUAAGCCAUUCUCUCUUCCUCUUCUUGAGUGCCCGCUCUCUUCCCACGCCGAUGCGCGCUGAACUUGCUCAUCACAGGUCUGUCUCAACACCGUUCAAAGCAGGGGCUUGAUUCUUGAACUGGAUCUGUUGCGUGGACAGAGUUUCAGCGGAGUCUGCGGUGGGUGUCCGAAGGGAAGCGAUGGCUUUACACCGCCUGAAACCAGUUGUCUCUUACCUGGUGUUGACACUAAUUCUCCCUGGACUGGAUGAUGCUUCAUCUCUACACUACUCAGAGGAAGCGUUCAACAGACCCAUUGAGAAGACCCUGGGGAAGUUUAGCAAAGAUUUUCAAUGUCACCACAUGUUAAAGCACCUGUACAAUGGAGCUAGGAUCACCGUACAAAUGCCACCCCAAGUGGAGAGCCACUGGGUCUCCACAAAGUAAUUGUGAGGUAAGGCCAGGUCCUGAAUUCAUUACCAGAUCCUACAGAUUUUACUCCAAUAAUACAUUCAAAGCUUAUCAGUUUAAUUACGGAGACAAUCACUGUACACAGCCGACCUACACGCUGGUCAUCAUAGGAAAACUCCGUCUGCGCCAGGCGUCCUGGAUCAUUCGAGGAGCAACCGAAGCAGAUUACUACCUGCACAGGGUCCAGAUCGUCUGCCACAGUAAACUGAAGGCUGAGGAAAUGAGUCUGAGAUUGAACAGGUCCUGCCCGGGGUUCUUGCCACGACACAAGACAUGGGAGCCCAACGUGAGCUAUGACCUGUCAAGUGACGAAGGAGGCUGUGAUUGUUUCCGAGCUCUGAACUUUGCCAUGCAUGAGCUGCAGCUCCUUCGGGUAGAAAAGCAACACCUGCACCACAAUCCUGAGCAAGUGGUGCAAGAAUUAUUCCUGGGUGACAUCCACACUAAUUGGUCCCAGAGGAUGUACAACCGACCCUCCAGCUAUCAACCUCCACUGCAGGAUGCCAAGAACCACGACCAUGCCUGCAUAGCCUGUCGCAUAAUUUAUCGAUCAGAUGAAUAUCACCCUCCUACUUUACCCCCCAAGGCAGACCUCCCUGUGGGACUGCAUGGCCACUGGGUGAGUCAACGGUGUGAAGUGCGGCCUGAGGUGCUCUUUCUCACCCGGCACUUCAUAUUUCAUGGCAGCAACAACACUUGGGAAGGACAUUACUAUCAUUUCUCAGACCCCGUGUGUAAGCAUCCAACUUUCACCAUCUACGCCAAGGGCCGAUACAGCCAUGGAAUUCCGUCUACAAAAGUGAUGGGAGGAACAGAAUUUGUGUUUAAAGUGAACCACAUGAAGGUAACACCGAUGGACGCAGCUACUGUAUCACUCUUGAAUGUUUUUAGUGGCAAUGCCUGUGGGGCUGAGGGCUCAUGGCACAAGGGAGUAGAGCAGGACGUUACGCACACCAAUGGCUGUGUGGCUCUGGGGAUAGGUCUUCCCCAUACCGAGUACGAACUCUUUAAGAUGGAACAGGAUGCUAGAGGUCGAUACCUACUCUUCAAUGGACAGAGACCUAGUGAUGGAUCCAGUCCAGACAGACCUGAGAAGAGGGCUACAUCUUAUCAGGCGCCUUUAGUCCAGUGUGCUGCAUCUGCAGACGGAUUGGAUGAGUCAUUGGAAGGUAGCCAACAAAGCAAACAGACCAACAAUGGAUCAGAGAGAAAUCGCCACUCUACAGGUGCUGCUAUAUUACUGUUUAUUUACGUGGUCAGGCACGUCUUCAGCUAAGCACAACCUUGACUUUCUGAGGCUUCAACGACGGAAAACUCAGUAAAUAGAGUUUCUUUCUUCAUUCAGACAGCUUAUUUACUUGACGCACUUCAAUGACUAAAUACUGUUCCCCUGUUGAAGAUGUCAGUAUGAAUUUUCCACUUUGAACUCCCUCCAGUCAAUUGCAGGCAUGGAACGAGUAGCAUCUACUGAUCACAGUAACAGCACUUUACUACGAUGGAAGAUUUUAUCCAGCAAGCACUGUAAAAAUGUACAUAGUUUGCCAAGUAACGUCAUCUGUGGCAUUCUCCUCCUGAUGACUGUGUUUUGGGUAACUCUGGAGGGUAAUUUUAAAUGGCAAAUUGAAAUAGUAUUUGUAUAUUUAAAAUCAGAAGUUUCAACAUGCAAAAUCUAAAGUUGCAAAAACAAAUGAUGGCCAAGGAUAAAAAAAGAAACUUCUGUCUUCCAUAACUAUUAGUAAAAAUUAAGUAUGGUAUUUUUGAAAAUACUACUUAUACAUUCUAUUUUUCCUUAUAAGGAUACAAGUAAAUAAUUGUACAAUUUCUAUAAAAAAGGUAAUGUUUCUGCCAUGGAUGUUGUGUGGCACUUGAUUUCAGUUGCUUUAUUAAAAAUCUAGAUGUA